UUCCCCAUUUUUUCUUCAAUUAAGAAGGUAAAUGUGUUGGCUUCAUCCAGUAGAUGGCGCUCAAGGCGCACUACACUGAGCGCGUAGCCACACUAAACCUGUUUUUAAAACAGAUUACACAAAUCUAUGACAGCUAUAGGCUACAAUAGGCUAAUGUUAAUUAAAAUGUGAAUAGUAUUCUCGUUUAUUUGUUUGUGUAUUUCUUUCUUUCUUUCAGGGGUAAAAAAUAAAAUCACAAUAGGUUUAAUUUAAUUAUGUUGAAUGAAUUUGAUUAGUCAAUAUAAGCAAUAGGCUAUUCAUUAUAUAUUUUAAUAUAGGCUAGCCUAUAUUAAUAGGCCUAGUAAGCUAACAGCAGCCUAAAUGAAAAGCAACAAUAACAACAACAAUAAUAAAAAUAGACUAGUAUUAUUAUUAUUAGGCUAUUAUAAUUGUUAUUAUUAAUGACAUUCUGACGUAGUCCAUUUUAAUCUGAAAUGUGUCGGAUAAAUGUGUAAAUUGCCAGAUAAAGCGACAGUGUCUUUAAACUGAAGCACACAGCCUGUGGCAGAGCCUUUUAGCGGGGAACCAAUCAGAUGCUGUAGAUUAGUUUUGGAAGCUGAAGCAUCAGUACAAAGGUCGGCGUGCGCGAGCUUUCGAAACGAUCAGUCAGCGAGAGCACCGGGACGCGCGCGCUCAAUGGACCUUUGAUUUCUGAAGCCUUCAUGAAAGCCAUAGAUAUGAACGAAGCAGGGGGAGAUAAUCCAGACCAAACAAACUGCAAAUGUAAAUCACCUCUUUUGUCCUCGUACUGCAUCGACAGUAUUCUAGGAAGGAAAAGUUCCUUAAAAGUUAAAGCAACACCAAACAGUGUGUGGCCCCUUCAAGCAGAUAUGCACCUGCCGCCGAAGCUCCGGCGCCCCUUCACCCCGUUGACAGACUCCUCCAUAGACAUUAACACAAACGAAAAUGAGGCAAGACUACUAGACACAGCUUGUGAAAGAAUAAAAAUGACCGAGGCCUCGCUAGGAAGCAUCAGUCGUGCUAGAUCGUAUCAGGAACAUGCGGCUCUACAGUCCUGCAAAAACUCGUCCAGUCCCACGCCAAGACCGGAGGAGGACGAAGCCGACAGAGAGACGAAUGUGUCUCCCAAUCUAAUGGGGCUGCAAGAACGAGACGCAUAUUUGAAGAAUUGUGAGGAAACUACUUUAUCAGACACUGAAGAUGGGAUGUUAAAACGAAAACAGAGGAGAUACCGGACCACAUUUACCAGCUAUCAGCUCGAGGAGCUGGAAAGAGCUUUUCAAAAGACUCACUACCCAGAUGUUUUCACAAGGGAGGAAUUAGCAAUGAGACUUGAUCUUACAGAAGCACGAGUGCAAGUCUGGUUCCAGAACCGACGUGCAAAAUGGAGGAAAAGGGAAAAGGCGGGGGUCCAGUCACACACUCUGAGCCUACACUAUCCUGGAACCCCCUCUGCUCCACAGUCCUUAUGUCAUUACCUGAGUGGGAAUCCUUUUGUCCCAAACCCGCAUCCAGCUAUUGAUUCAGCUUGGCCCGCCUCCCUCCAAAGACUGGCUCAGCCACCCCCAAACUCUGCUUCCCCUCACGGCUUCAGCGCUCUGUUAGGGGCGGCCAUGUUUAGACAUCCUGCUUUCAUCAGUCCCACUUUUGGAAGCAGACUGUUUACAAGCUUAGGUCCAAUGGCACUGCAAAGGAUACCUCAUCCUGCCAUCGAGGGUCCAAUUCAACACUCCCACCUCACUAACAACCUUCUCCCCCCUUCACCACCCUUACCGUCCUCCCCAACGGUGGACCUCCGUGCUUCCAGCAUAGCAGCGCUGCGUCUCAAAGCAAAGGAACAUUCUGCUCAGCUGACUCACAUCACAGCGGCUGGAAUGGCUGGAAAAGAGGAGUGCUGAGACUCAAUCUCACUUGAGAGAUGGAAAAAGACCAAAGUCAAGCAGAAGUACUAAUAUCUGAAGAGUUAAUAGAUAGACACACGUAGUCUUCAGUGUCUGGAAGUUGAACUGUAGCAUUCUAAUAAUUCUUUCUUUGUUUAUUGCUGCUUGUUGAUGAGUGCUGUAUGUUUUUGUUUUCAAGAGUUGUUGAAUGAUCCUUCUAGAUAAUUUCAUCCUGUUUUCAUAAUUGUAAAUGAUUCAACAAACAUAAAACAGCCAUAUUUGAGCAAAUUAACAGGGCAAGCUGCUUUUACAUGUUACUGUUACACAUCCAACACUUUUUCAAGGUUUGUUUUGUAACAGUAAAAUGAAUGUUUUAUUCUACAAGUAUUUAUUCUACAUCAGACAUACAGUAUUAGGAUACUGUUACUGUUUACAGAAUAGUACUAAAACAGUUUUGUUAUGGUUAUGGUUGCCAUUACCAUGAGUUUUAUUUAUAUUUAUUAAACUUAUGAACCACCAUUCAGGGAAGGAAAUAAAAUAACCAUAUACUGUAUGCUUAUCUUGAUGAAUUAGCCAGGGAAAAUAUAAAGAUAAUGUGAAAGUAAAAUAAACUGAAUUAAAAAUG